AUGGUGUUUGGUGCUGCUCCUCCGCGGGAUGCGGAAGGGGAAAUACUGCGGUCUGCAGAUCUUGUUCUUUCGAUUGAGUCGGAAAGCUGUGGAGUCUACCGUUUCAGAAAAGUGACAGAAAUGGAGGUACUUGGGGCUCACAUUUGUUCUGAACUACAUGUGAACGAGCACCCAUAUUUGGAUGCUAGUAUUGACUCCGCUCGAAGGGCCUUCUGGGGUCAGGCUUCUUUCUUCCGCUCCACGGCCAUUCCCUUGAAAGAUAAGUAUGAGAGAUAUGCACAGAGGGUUCAGAGUAUCGUGCUUUACGCUGCAGAAGGUUGUACGGUUGAUUCUUAUUCUUUGAGUGCCAUGCAUAUCUUGGAAGGCAAAUGCCUGGCUGUCAUGUGUCGUUGUGUACGGAGGGAGGAGGAAAGUUAUCAGGAGUGGAACACGAGGAGGUAUGAACGGGCAAGGCAGAAAUUUCAUGAUGCACAUUAUGCGAGUAUUGUACAAAGGUUCCUCCGAGUGCACUGGGCGUGGGCAAUCGACGUGUAUGAUUUUGCGCAUGAGCUGCUCACGAAUCAGGAGGCGCUGGAGACAAAUUCGACAAUAGCUUGGAGAGAUUCUCGAUUCUCAUGCCUGGCGCUUGGCCGGCUGUGGGAUAGAACGAUAACAUAUUCAAGCGAGGCUCUCAGAUGUUGGGGAAAAUGGAAGGAGGCCAGCUCACUGAAACGACAUCGUUGGGGACAGGAGAGUGUAGGCCUUCGUUCGUGGUGUUUUUCUUUGGAAUCGUUUUAUGGUUUAUCCUGGUGGGAGUCCUUUGUUGGGAGCUUUGACCAUUUCAUGGGUUUUGCCGCGCAUGUUUGUUCUAAUAGUAUGUGGAAGUAUUUCCAGAAGAAAUGCAAAGGCUUGGCGUCUUCGGGGGUGCCUGUGUUCUUGAAAACUGAUGAGGAUGGAGGAGUUCAUAUCGGACAGGAUCGGGAGGACAUACCUGCAUAUAGGGAACGACUUAGCAAACGUAUUGCGUUGCAUAACAUGCGUUGUACACAAUGGGACCUCGAAGCGGGUGGGAUACCAUUGGACAUCCAGGGGGACUCACUGCUAGUGAUCAACUGGCUCUGUGGGAAAUGGACAGUACUAUCUCAGGUAUAUCAGAGAAGGGUAGACAUUCUGAUAAAUAAGCUGGACGAGAUGCAGAGUAUGUACUCGGUGAGGCCUCCAGAGGCUGGCCGAGAUUUCUUCUCUCAUUCUUUUCGGGAAUGGAACCGAAGGGCUGACUUGCUGACCCAUCAGGCCCGCCAGGGCCAAGUGUACGCCGAUUUUUUUACCCAGUGA